AUGAAAAGUAGACAAUUAAAGAACAGAAUGCCUUCAGGAAACGGUGCCAAAGCUCAACAAAAGCGUGAAAGAAACUUAAAGAAAGCAGCUGGAGAGACAAAGGCUCACUCUCAAUUAAAGUCAAACGAAGCUGCCAAGAACAUUAUGUGCAACGUUUGCAGACAAAGUUUCAUGUGCACUGCCAAGGAACCAGAGUUGAGAUUACAUGCUGAAAACAAGCACGUCGGUAGAGCAUUUACCGAUUGCUUCCCAGCCAAGCCCUAA